UUGUGAAAUUCUUUCAACUGAAAUUCUUUUUGAAUGAAUGAAUGAAUGAAUGAAAAAAAUCUGUGUGCUUGUAAAAAAAAACAACAGUACCAUGAUAAUAAUUUUGUAGUGAUCAUGAUGUGAUCAUAAUGAGAAUGGAAUGUUGUUAACCAUAUUUGUUCAAUUAAUAAUUUCCAUGUUUUUUUUCUCGUAUUCGUUUUGUUUGCUGGUUUUAUCGCUUUUCGUCAUUUGUGAUUUUUUCCGAGGAAGAAAGAAGAAGAAACAGAAGUUUUUACACAGCAAUAAAUCUUAUUUCGUUUUUCGCUUUUCGUUUUCUGAUAUAAUUAAUUUCCAUUAAGAAAAUGUCUUUCAAUAUGAAUACUCAACAUCUGGAACAACAAAUACGUCAAAAAUUUUAUGAAAUAUUACGUCAUGUAAUAAGUAUGGAUUUUGAUUCAACAAUUUUUACAAUAAUGAAUCAAGAAAAAUUAUUAGAAUAUUUGGAACGUAUAAAACGAUUAAAAAUUGAUACGGAUAAAUUAUGGGAAUGGAUUCGUUCAAAUGAUUUUCCAUCAUUAACAUUACAACAAUCAUAUACAAUGCCAUUGAUACAAUUAACAGCAAAAAUUGAACGUAUUUUUAUUAAUUUACAAUUAUAUUCUGAUCAAAAACAACGACAACAACAACAACAAAAUCGAUCUUUGAUUCUUGAUUCAUCUGAUCAGUCAAUCGUACAAUUUCGUUCACAACCACCAAUCGUACAACCUGGACGUAGUUUAUUAAACGAUUAUGCAACAGCUGCAACAUUAUUAGAUUUUGAACAGCCAAUAAUACCGUUGAUUAUUGAAGAAGAACGUAAUGGAAUCGUUACAACGACAACAACAACAACAUCAAUGGAUGGAAAUUCAAAAAAAGUUGUCGUUACUACUAAAAAUGUUGGCAAGAAAAAUUCAUCAAAACAACAACAACAACAACAGGAGGAGGCAGAAACAUCAUUAUCAAACAGUACUUAUUAUUCAACCAAUUCGGAAUUUAAUAAUGCUGAUUUUGAAGAUGAUGAUAGUAGCAGUGACGAUAGCAGCAACGAUAGCGAUGAUGAUGAUGAAAAUUUUACCGGUGUUUCAUCGUGUUCAACACCAUAUUUUCAUCGUCGUAUUGAUGAAAAAUCACGUGAUUGUGAAGAAGAUGAUGAAGAAGAGGAUGAUGAUGAUGAUGAUGAUGAUUCAAGUGAUCCAGAAACAUUAAACAUAUGUGAUUUAAGUUCAUUCAAUGAUUCAUAUCAAACAUUUUCAACGGUUACAAUCGAUGAAGUUGAUAAUCAAAAUCACGAUGUAGCAAACGAAAAUGAUACAUUUACCGGUGAUAAUCCUGAGAAUGGUGAUAAUUCAGCAACAACAAUUUUAAACAAAGAAGUUGAACAAGGAGAAAAGAUUUUACAAUCCGAUUCAGGUAUCCAAAAUAUUGAUGGCACACAAUCAACGCGAGCAGGUUCGGAAACAGAGCAAAAAAACAAAAUAUUAUGUAAUUCAAGCCAAAAUGUUAAAAAUGAUGAUAAUGGCAGUGGUGAUCAUAUUUCAACCUUGAAUAUUGUUCAUGAAAAUUUGACAAAUGAACAACAACAACAAUCAAAUGAACAAGCGAACUGCAGUGGAGAUGUUAAUGGAAAUGAAAAUGAAAAUGAAAAUGAAAAAGUCAAUAAACAACAACAACAACAAAAAGAUGAUAAAUUAAUCCAAUUGAUACAAUUAAUAUUGGAGAAUUUAAUGGAAAAAGAAAAAUUAAAUGAAUUGAUUGCACAAUGUUUAAUCAAUCAUCCGGAUAAUGAUGGAUUAUUAUUAUCAUUUCAAUUGAAUACAAUCAAUGGUUUAAAACGUUUUGUACAUUAUUUAUUGGAUCAAAUGUUGGUGAAUUGUUGUCGUUGUUGUUGUUUGGACGUUUUUUCAUCAUCGCAGCAGCAACAAUCGCAACAAUCACAGCAGCAACAAUCGCAACAACAGCAAACAUCGUCCAAAGCAACAAAUGAAACAAACUUGAUAAAAAUGUAUGCAAAAUUCAUUUCAUAUUUUAAUUCCUAUGUGCGAACAUUGAAUUUAUGGAUGGCCGAAAAUUUUCAAUCAUUAUUAUUAGCCGAAAUGAAAUGUUAUUACCGGCAGGAAUUGUAUGAUUAUGAUGAUCAUAAUGGAUGUUUUAUUGAAUCAAAUAACGACGAUAACAAUAACAACAACGUUGGCAAUGAACAUCAACAAACACCAAAGAAAUUUGUUCAAAAUAAUCAAUUUGCAAAAUUAUUUCUACGAAAUUCAAAUCCAACGGAAAGAUCAGUGUUGAAAAAACGUUAUCUAAUCAAUUUGAAUUUGAUUGCAGAAUUAUAUCAUAUUCAAUAUUUACCCAUUGAUUAUUUGGUUGAAUGUUUGAAUCAUAUUUGUGAACGUAAUGAACAAAUUCAACAAAAACAUUUAAAAAAUUUAGAUUAUUUACGUUUGGUACGAUUAUUUAUUGAAAAUAUUCGUCCAAAUAUUGAUCAAUUAUCAAAUGAAUCAUUACAACAGGCUAAAUAUUAUCGUUUGAUUUGUAAACGUUUGGAUAAAAUAUUAAAAUAUCAAACAACAAUGAUGAUGGCUGCUGCUGCUGCUGCUGUCGAUGAUCAUGAAGAUGACAAUAUCGUCGAUUACAAAGGAUCAAUAUCGAUGAUGAAUAAUCAAUCGUCAUCGACGACGGCAAAAUCGCAAACAUUUGCAAUGAAAAUAUCAAAGUUAUUGGAUUCGAUCAAUAACAACAACAGUAACAAUAAUGAUCAGGUCAUUGAACGUCGUCAUUAUUCGUUUUGAAAGUGAUGAUGAUGAUCACAUUUCAAAUUAUUCAAUUUUUAAAGAAAAAAAAUUCAACAUAUUUCAUCAUCAUCAAAUCAAUCUACAUUGAUGAAUCAAUCAAUCA